AAUACCUUUGUUUUUAAAUACCCAUUCUUACCGGUCAAAUGUUUACUCCCAUCGUUAUCGUUAGUCGUACAUUAACAACUGCUGUAAGAUGCAAACGGCGAGUUGUAGUCACAGGAAUAGGAAUAGUAAGUCCUCUUGGAAUUGGUGCACAAAAUGCCUGGCAAGCUCUCAUUAACUCCAAGUCAGGUAUUACGAAAUUAAGCAAACCGGAGUAUGAAAAAUUACCUUGUAGAGUCGCUGCAUUAGUACCAAAAGGAGAUGGACCUAAUCAAUUAAAUAUUGAUUCUUACUUUUCAAAAAGUGAGUUACGCACAAUGUGUCCUGCUACUGCAUAUGCAUUAAUUGCUACAGAGGAGGCAUUAAAUGAUGCAAAUUGGAAACCAGAAGCUGAAACAGAUAAACAAGAUACAGGAGUAGCAGUAGGGAUUGGAAUGAUAGAUUUGGUAGAUGUAUGUACAACAUAUGAAGCUUUAAAGAAGGGAUAUAACAAAGUCAGUCCAUAUUUUAUACCAAGAAUAUUACCAAAUAUGGCUGCUGGACAGAUUAGCAUUAAAUAUGGCUUUCGUGGACCAAAUCAUUCUGUAUCAACAGCAUGUGCAACUGGAGCACAUGCAAUUGGUGAUGCAUCUCGUUUUAUUCGUGGUGGGGAAACAAGUGUAAUGGUAUGUGGAGGAGCAGAAGCAUGCAUUAGCCCUCUUGCUAUAGCUGCUUUCUGUAGACUUAGAGCAUUAAGCACUAAUAAAAAUGAUUUUCCAUAUGAAGCAUCAAGGCCGUUUGAUAAAGACAGAGAUGGGUUUGUAAUGGGAGAAGGUGCUGCCAUAUUAGUAUUGGAAGAGUUAAACCAUGCACUUGAAAGAAAAGCUAAGAUUUAUGGAGAAGUAUUAGGAUAUGGGUUAUCUGGUGAUGCAGCACAUUUAACUGCACCCAGUGAAGAUGGUACUGGUGCUAUACUAGCUAUGGAUAGAGCUGUAAAAGAUGCUGGUAUAGAAACUGUAGAAAUUACUUUUAUCAAUGCCCAUGCAACCUCUACUCCUUUGGGUGAUGCUAUUGAACUAAAAGCUAUAGAAUCAUUUCUAGGGCAACAUAGUAAAAAUGUCACUGUGUCUAGUACAAAAGGUGCUCAUGGUCACUUGCUGGGAGCAGCAGGAAAUUUAGAAGCUAUUUUUACUAUUCUAGCAAUAAGAGAUGGCAUAAUCCCGCCAACAUUAAAUUUGCAUAAUUUAGAUGUAGAAACGAAUUUAAAUUUUGUUCCUAAUGUAAAAAAGAGCUGGAAUUCAACUUCAAAGCGGGUAGCUCUAAAAAAUGCUUUUGGUUUUGGAGGGACAAAUGCGUGCUUAUGUUUUGCACAAUACAACGAAUAAGCGCAUUACUACGAAACUACGAUACUUCUGUAAAUCAUAAUAACAAACACAACAUAACAUGAACUAGUCAUUCCUCAAUGUACAUUAAUUAAUACAUACACUGUAUCUGCAAGAAACAUAUGCAUAAUUUUACUCCUUUAUGGUGAUAUAAAAUAAUAUUAAGCUAGGAUAUAAUAACUCAAAUAUUUUUUAAUAUUUUUGUGUAGCAUACGACACAAAACUCAUGUAAUAUAUUAUGUAAAGAAAAACAUUUUUAUAUUAUGUAUUAUUUGUAAAAGAUUGUACAGAGAAAUGUAAUUU